AUGAAGUUACACUAUCUACCAUUGUUGGCACUGGUGUCAAGUGCAGUGGCCAUAGACGGGGUGGUCCAGUUGGAUGUGACGAAGCAGUAUAAGCUCAAGUUGUUCAAGUUACCAAAAUUAACAGACUUGUUCAAUUGGAAAAGAGAUGAUGACGAUGAUGAUGAUGAUACUUAUGACCAACAAAUGACAGAUGAGAUCUCUGGUUAUUUCACAAACAUCACAUUGGGUUCACCAGGUCAAGAGAUCAGAGUUCAUAUAGACACUGGUUCUUCAGAUUUGUGGAUUCCUGGGGCAAAGAAUAAACAAUGUGGUGAUGAUUCUGGUAAUUCAACAUCUUCUGGUAUAACUGCUGGCGGUUAUAAUUCAACUUCAGGUAAUUCUAAUAGUACAAGUGAUAGUGUUAGUGAAAGUGGAGAUAAAGCUUUACCAAAGAUUGAUGAUAAAGAACUACAUUAUUGUACCAAUGUUUCAACAUUCGAUAAAGAUGAUUCAUCUUCAUGGUCCAAAAAUAUAUUUGCUGAUCCUUUUAAAAUUGAAUAUGCUGAUGGUACUUUUGCUAAUGGUACUUGGGGUUAUGAUGAAAUUAAAUGGGGUGAAAUAGAUUUAAAGAAUUUUUAUUUUGCAGUUGCUGAUGAUUAUAACGUUACAGGUUCAGUUUUCGGUAUUGGAUUAACAGAUGGAGAAACUACAAAUAUUAAACGUUAUUCCCCAACAACAUAUACAUAUUCGAAUUUCCCACAAAGAUUAAAAGAUGACGGGUUGAUCAAUAAGAAUGCUUAUUCAUUAUAUUCUCAAUCACAACCAGAUGAAGAAGAUGGUUCUUAUGCUAAUGUCUCAAUCUUAUUUGGUGGUGUUAAUCAUGCCAGAUAUGAAGGUGAUUUAAUAACAGUCCCACUUUCUGAAGGUAAUUCACUUUCUGUUGCAAUUGAUGGUAUUUCUGUUGCAAAUCCUUGGGAUCCAUAUAUCAAUGGUGAUAUGGCCAUACCAGAUGAUAAAAAUUAUACAGGAUUAUUAGAUACAGGUUCAACAAAUAUUAAUAUGCCAAAGGAAAUCUUGGAAAAUAUUAUUAAAUCAAUUGAUGAAAAUACAACAUUAGAUACUGUACAAGAUUAUUAUUAUUCAUUACCAUGUUCAUUACAAAAUACAUCCAAGAUUCUUUAUUUCAAUUUCCAAUCACAAUUAAUCCCAUUGAAUAUUUCAGAUUUAAUUUUCCCAGUUGAAGCAGUUGGUGAAUCAAAUUCAAAUGGUACACAAUGUUUCUUAAGAAUUUUUGAAGGUGAUGAAAUUAUACUUGGUGAUUAUUUCCUUAGAAAUGUAUAUUUGGUUUAUGAUUUACAAGAUCGUGAAAUAUCAUUAGCACCAAUAAAAUACACUUCAGAAGAUGAUAUCGAAGCAAUUAAAUCCACAAUCCCAUCAAAAUCAAGUUCAUCAUCAUCAUCACAAUCUAGAACUUAUAAACCAUAUCCUGAACAAACAAAUAUUCUGAUAGAAUCAAGUUCUGAAUUCCAUAAACCAUGGCCAUCAUCAUAUUCUUCAGCAUGGUCACAUUCAGUUUAUCCAUCACAAUCAUGGUUAGAUACAACUUCCACAACAUCUUCAGGUUCCUCAGGUUCAUCUGCUUCUUCAGGUCCUUCUGCUUCAAUAACUGGAAGUUCAACAGGUCCAGAUGGUGCUGGUGGAGUUGGUCCAGGGAAUACAAUGACCACUUCAUAUUAUGGAUUGGCUCAUAUGCAACAAGAUCCUGAUAAUUAUGCUGAAGCUGGUGGUAAAACUGGUGCAUUAUCUGCAUGA